CACAGCUCAGCCUCCUCCCUCCAAAACCCGCCCCCCGACAAAGCCCUCACUAAAAGGAGAGACAAAUAGUAGUAAAGUGUUUAAAACUUUACGGCUGUGUUUGGAAAACGGCUGUUAAACUAAACAUCGCUGAAAUAUCACGUCAGCGUCUCGCGCCGCUGUUUUUCUUCCUCAACAGCGGAAUGGUGUGACGCUCCAGAUCGAAUCGCAUCCAACUUCAGCUUCUACCAAGUAAACUUCGGUGUUUUCGGGAGCUCGUGCAUGUCAGAGCUCUUCCUGUUGACCACCUCACAGUAAACAAAUCAGAAGAAAGAGUUGUUCAUCCAUCUUUCUCCUGUUGGAAGCUGCUAUAUAUGAAAAAAUGUCUAGAAGACCCCCCAUUGCCUUGUUACUCCUUGAAAUAUGUUGCCUGGCAUCUGCAGUACCCUUGUUUCGUAGCCCAUGCGAGCAUCUGCCAGUGGGGACGGGACAUCCAGUGCAGGCUAUGCUGAAGAGCUUCUCUGUACUGUCAGGCUGUGCAAGCAAGGGCACCACCAGCUUCCCUCAGGAGGUCCACAUCAUCAACCUCAGAGGACAUGCUCCAGAGAGGCCAGACGACACCCUGGCAGAAGUUGACCUGCAUUUGAAGCCAAUCCAGUCUCUGAUGCGCCACCAGAAGCCCCUGGUCUUUGUGCUCAACUCUCCCCAACCACUGAUUUGGAAGAUCAGGACAGAGAACCUGGCCCUGGGCAUCAGACGGACCUUUCAUGUAUCUGUGGGCUCUGAGGUACACUUUCAGCCGGGAAACUUUUCCCUCUCCUGCCAGAUUGAGAAGGAGGACCUUCCCCAUGGCAACAUGCAUCUGCUCGACUGGGCCCAGAAGAAGUUCAAGGCAGUCACCUCUUUCUCUGAGCUCAGGAUGACCCAAGACAUCUACAUCAAAGUUGGAGAAGAUUCAAUGUUUUCUGACACCUGCAAGAUUGAUACCAACUUCCUGUCUCUGAACUACCUGGGCGGGUACAUGGACCCACAGGCAUCCAAGGGAUGUGUCCUGUCUGGACCUGACAAAGACCAAGAAGUCCACAUCAUUGAUCUCCAUGCACCUGACUCCAGCAGAGGUUUACAGGUGGAUGUCAUAGUGAAUCUACGACCCUUGGAAGAUGAUGCCCCUCUGCAUCGUGAUGUUGUCUUAGUGCUCAAGUGUUCCAAGUCUGUCAACUGGGUCAUUGAAGCCCAUCGUGUGACUGGCAAUCUCCGUGUGCUGGCGUCUAACACCAUCAGUGUUAGUUCCGAUAUAGAGAAACUAAUACAAGUAUCAAAAUCCCCCAAGCAACAAUUACCAUCAGGGUCACAAGCUUUGAUCAAAUGGGCAGAAGAGCAUGUCCACAGUCCAGUCACGUCCUACACCAGCACACCUGUGGCCAGUCACUUUAAUAUUCGACUCAGAGAGCCAGACAUGGUGGAUACUCUGGAGAGGAUGUUCCCUCCAGGGCCCCCCAUCUUCCAUGAGUCUAAUCCUCAUCCAGGACCUGGAACUGCUUUGCGGCGCUUCGAUCUGCCCCUCCGUUUUCCCCCAUUCAUUUCUGAAAGCCUGCCCUCCUCCCUUGACUACCGGCAGGUGGACAACGAAGCACCUGAUGAUCAAGAGGGCACUUUGAAUGUCAGCCUCAGUGUGCAAUGUGAGGACACGAGGAUGGUGGUCAGCAUCGACAAAGAGAGCCUGCAGGCAAAUGGGUUUACGCACGUCAACCUUACUCUCCAAGAUCCAAAAUGCAAAGCAACAGUCAAUGCCACCCAUUACACACUGGAAACUCCUCUGACUGGCUGUGGGACCACAGUAUAUCCCAUGCUGAGCAGCCCGAUGGCCCUCCACAUAAACUCUGUUUUUAUAAAUCCUGCUGAGACAAGGGACGGGAGUGGCCGCCCGCUUAGUUUCGAGGAUUUGGAAUCUGGAGAUUUGCUGUUCCAGAGAACUCCAGAUCCAGUGGACGUAAUAAGGACAGAACCUACAGAGACACAGGCAAAAUCGUUCAAUUGCACAUACAGGAAGAACCAGGAAACCUCUGGUACACGCCCCAGGAUUGUAUCGGGACCAGCUAGGCAACCGGUUGACAACAUAACGUUCAAUAUGGAGUUGUACAACACGUUGGCGCACAACAGCUCUUCACUUCAGCCCUUCUACACUGUCUCACAGAAUCAGCAAGUCUUUGUUGAGGUCACUUCAGCCACUUCAGAUCCAAAUCUGGGGCUUACCAUCAUGUCGUGCUUCAUUUCACCCCACUCCAACCCUAGCAAUUUGGAUACAGACUACACUCUCAUUCAGACUGUCUGCCCCAAAGAUAACUCUGUCAGAUUCUAUCCUCAGAAGGGAUUCCUUCACACACAAAUUAAUACGAAAAGUUUCAGUUUCACCUUCAACUCCAGGUUUAACAUGUCCCUGCUUUUCCUGCACUGCAAGAUGUGUCUGUGCUCCAAGACAGUUCACAGCAACCAAGAGUUACCACUGUGCUUACAAGCUGCUGAGGCCUGUGAUUCUGUUCCUGUUGACAAUAUACUGAAGAUGAUGAUGUUCAGCAAAGUAUCUACAAAGCCGCUGGUCGUGGUUGAUGGAUCAGGCACUUCUACAUACAAACCGCUUCCAGGUCCACAUGGUCCCCCAAAUAUUGAUUACAUUACGCCUAAGGAGCCCAUCGAUCCACGUAAAUUUCCUGAUGAUCGAACACUGUUCUUGCUGGACACUCCAACAGUGGUGGGAAUCGCCUUUGCAGCAUUUGUUAUAGGGGCUCUGUUGACUGGAGCCCUGUGGUUUAUCUACUCGCACACAGGUGAAACAGCUGGUGCACAGCAGGUCCAAAAGUCCCAACCUGUCUCGGAGAACAGCAGUGCAGCCCACAGCGUCGGCAGCACCCAAAGCACCCCCUGCUCCAGCAGCAGCACAGCGUAGCCCCCAAUGAGCUGUACCGUGGUGCAGGAAAGGGCCUGACGGUUCACAGGGACUGGUUUUAUCACUUCCUUGAAUGAAAGGAAAUUGUUAGGGCUGCGAUAGAAAGAAAAACACAAUGUAUCCUAUUGUUAUUCUGUAAAUCCCAUCGUGCCACUAUGUGUGUGCAUGUACUGUCCUUAUAUUUCAGCGUGCAAGACCCAGCUUGGCAGCACAAAAGCUACACUAGUUAGCUUUUACUUACUUCCAAUCCAAAUGCUGUUAUUUCCACCUACCCCUUGGUUUUGACCUUAAACAGUUUGAUUUGGGAUGUUUGUGACCAGCAGGUGUGGUCUCAACAGUGAGGAGAAGCAAUAGCAGCGAGUCAGUUUAAGUGAGAUGUUGAUGGCUGGACUGUAACAUGUUACUUAAUGACAUGCAAACCCUCAAGAUGGUAGAGGAGCAAUAGAACCACUAAUAGGGCAGGGAUGAAUGUGCAGUAUGAACAGGAGUCAGACAGAUAAUGACUCUUGAACUAGACAACGCAGUGUAAUUAAAGAAUGUAUACAGAGUAAAUGUCAAACAAUGUGAAACUGAAAUGUGAACGAUAACAUACUCAUUUCAUUUAUUCUAACACACAAGACGGUCAAACGUAUGUCACCUGUUAGGCUUAAGUCUCAUUUUCAUGUAGUACAGUAGACAGGGGCAUUAUGGAUUCCUUAGUAGCUGUUAAAGAAAUGAUAAAUCAUUUUGGGAGAUGUGUUUGUUUCCGUCCCAAGUAUAGAUGGAAAAGUUGGUUUCUCUCUCAUUUGAGGGCAUUAAGUGCAAACGCGCACUUUGAAAAAACACUUACCGGUAUGUUUAAAUGUUUUUAAGUAAACAGCUUUGUCACAUUACAUUCCUUCCUUUCUGUGAAUUAAGUUAGAUGGGAUGUAAGUAGCUUAGCAUAGUGUAAAGCUUGUAAGCAGGAAGAACCAAAACCAAGACUCUUUCCCCUCAUUGGCUUUAAGUUGAGCACACUUUCUGUAGAUCUUGUGUGUUGAGUGUAGGAGGAAAGACAUUUUGGUGACGCUUAGUGCUAUUAGUACCAUUUAAGGCUACAGUAUUUACAGUAUGGUACUGUAGUAUAUACAGAGGCUAAUUGCCUCCCUUCAUCCCACAGACGUAGCAGUUGCGUCAGUCUUUAAAUGGUUUAUCCCUCCGGAAUCAAACAUUUUCCCCUACGGUAAAUGUUGGUCCAUAUGUUGAAGACCUGUAUAUUUGUAAAUAUUGUAAAGAUGUUGUGAGCGUGUGAGCAGGUUCAUUAUUUCAUACUUCUGGGUUAGUCAUUGGUCAGAAAAAAGUAGUUUCUCAUUUUAAAAUUAAAUAAAACAGAAAUGUCAAAUGUUCAACAGAAAUGUGUGUUAAAAGUUUUGAAUAUGGAAACUUAGGGACGUACAGUAGCUUCAGACUGACACUAUGGUUUGGGGUAGCUGUAAAAAAAUACCUUUGGCUUAAAGAGCACUAUUUCCUUAUUACUACAGAGUUUAAGAAAGUUUGGUGUUACUUAUUUCACUUGUUCUGUAAUAAUCCUGGCACUGAGCGUGUGUUUGUAGCUGUAGCUGAAGCUCAUGUUUGUGACACACCAUGCGUACCCCACCGUUUCAGAGUGACGUGAAUGUUUGCCAUAUUAACCUGUACGCGUUGUGUGGGAGUAGCUGAGGCUUAGAUUUCAACCGUGUCUCUGGUAAAGAGUAGGAUAAACAGAAUGUAAAUCUCUUUUAUAUGUAAACAUGUAUAAAGCUUUCUACAGAGGAAACAGAGUAAAAACAUAUAUAUUUGUGUAUAAAAUUAUAUUUUGGAAUAUAUUUACCGAGAUAAAUUUAUUGUUCUAUGUGUGUAAGUACUGUGAACUGUGGACAUCCUCAUAUAUAACCAUUUGUUGUGGAUGAUUCUUUUUUAAAAACUUUACCACAUGUUUUAUGACACAUGUUCAAAAACAUUUUUAAUUAUUUUUAUUUAUCACAAAUCUAUUAUUACAAAUUACAUCAAAAUUUUGGAUGGUUUUACCAACUACAAUGCAUUUUUAAAUGUUAAUUUGAUAAUGAACAAGUUGUCAUACAACAUGCUAUGAGUUUUUAAUUAAGUACUGCAAGUAUUACCAGCAGGUUAUUUUUUUGUUGUGUUUUGUUUUAUAAUUAUUUGAGUGGAAAUUGUAUUUUCCUACAUGGUAAUAAUGACUCAUUGCUGCACAUGUUGUCAAUUGAUAUAAAUCAUAUUUUGGCAAAAAAAUUAGUUAAGUUUAUAAAGUUAUAUAAAGUUAAUAAAUCUGGAAUCAACAACUGAUAUCAUUGUAGUAUUGAUGCCUCCACUUCCACUACCACUGAUUGUACAGCACUUUGACCAACUUUGGAAAACUUUUUUAAAAGUGCGCAUGUGCUCACUUAGGGUGGAGGGAAGAAAACUAAAUUCUCUCAUUAUGUUGUUGGAAACUCAACUGUUUUCAAUAACACUUGAGAAAUAAUUGUCAUAUUGGAACCACUUGGUUUAGGACCAACAUUAAUAUUGUUUGUUUUAUUGGGCCUCCUUCCAGGUGUGUUCAGGCCAGAACUCAGUUAAAACCAGUAAAGAGGCAACAGUGACAGUGUUGGGCACCGCUGCUGUUGUCAAGCAGUGCCCAACAGUGCUGCAUCCCACUGUAUAGGCACGAGUCACUUAAUAAAAGAUCUAUGUUUUGCUGUGUGGAAAUGCACCACCACCUAUAAUUAGUGGCCGUUGUGGGAUUAAAGCUUUCUGACAUUCCUGUAGUUGUGUGGUUUUGCUUAUCAACUGUGGCGAAUCCCGUCUCCCCGUGUGUAAUUAUCCCCUCCACCCCUCCGUGUCAAGACUUGGAGCCCAGAGUUAUGAUCUGGAUCUAAUCUUCUCAUUUGAGAUAAUUUGAGCAUUUUCUUUCACUCGACCCAACAAUACAAUUCAGAGCUGCUGUUCAACAUUCGCCAUCAACAUUCCUCUGCCUCCGUUACCCCUGUGCAUUCUGGGUAAACAUCCUGUCGCUUUUCACUUGUGCCACAAAUAGAAAGAAGCAGGUAUAUGCUAUGAUCACAACAAUGCCGCGUUGUUCCACUACGCCGACAUGCUGAUCCAAUUAGAGUGAACAAAUAAAUCACAUGAAUGACUGUGUUUUUUAACCAUUUAACUACCUCGUGUUUUUUGAAUGUGCAUUCUGUGUGUGUGUGCGUGCGUGCGUGCGUGUGUGUGCGCAUGAGAAUUUUCUCUGCUUCUUUGUUGUCUGUGGAUGAUGCCACAGUCCCAGUGUGGUUUUAUUACAGUUCACAUUUAAUAUUUUAAUAAUAAAGAGUGUAAUGCUUCCUACAAUGUUAACAUUUAUUUUUUUGGGGCCAUGUACAUGUGUAAAAUCUUUGGUUCACUGUUAUAUCCUUUGGAUUUUAAAGACUUUUAUAGCUGGAAAUACGCAUGAACCGUGUAAACUUAUUAUGUCCAAUAAAUCUUCAUGUUAUACUCU